AUGAAACAUACAAAUUAAAAAUUCAGAAAUGAGAAUAACCUGUCAAACGUUCCCCAAAUUGCUAAUUGUAGUACCAUUGCUGCACUUUUAUCUGGCCCACUGUGUUCAGGCCAAAUCUGAGGAACACAAGCGUCGCAAGGAGACGGACCAUCCAAAUGGGCAGAAUGUAAAUAUCGCCUGGCUAAUGAAGCAGGGGAAGUUGCGAAAAACCUAACUGAACACCCUGUACGGAAGCUCGAUGGCGAGGAAGUAAAUGCUCGCAAAUUACCCCAAGCCAAAAACUUAUCGACAAGCGUCGCUCGAAACUGAAACGGAAGCAGAAAGUCAAGGUGCAAAACCAAAAAUCAUUACACCUGUUCACAAACACAACAAACCGAGGAAGAUGUGAGUGUAGAAAGCGUAGAAAUCGAAUGGACAGUGGAGAAAUAAUGUGAGGCACGAACGCUCGUAGUUCAUCUGCAAGGGUUGAAGAAGCAAGAAGUUCUUCAUGGGAUUGGGGUAACUCCCUUUCUGUUUCGUUCUUAUUUUAUUUUAUAUUUUUGGAUGUAUUUUUUUCGGGGAAAACUGGACACGGUUCAUGCUCAUCGCUUUCUGUUGCAUGUGGCAGGCGACACAAAUGCAAAGCAAACGAAAAUUGUACCGUCUUGAUAUCAGAAAUUAAUAAACUUAAUGAGCGGCCAGCGAAAGAUAGACGUCUGCAAAAA